AACUGGUUCUAAAAUGUAAACAAACCCAUCACAGUUAAUCAAAAGACGCGGGGCUGGACUGUAUUGAAUAAAGUGAUUUAAACAUGUUUAAGAUCUGUAUACUGAUAUAUCUGUGUGUUCUAAAUGAAGCGUUUGCUGCCUCUAUACUUGCUGUUACGACGCCACAGAAAGCUCAAGAACUUAAAGAUGCAAUUGAGACGAGGAAGGAUUUACCGGCGGAUUAUCUUCAUAAAUACCUAAACAAUAAUCUACAGGAGAAGGCAACAGUCCAGGAUCUAGCUGAUGCUGUAGUGAACGGACUAACCACAGCUCUGCUGGGUAAAGGUAUAGCAGUGACCGGAGCAAUAAAGAUCCUGCAGCUGCUGGUCAGCUGGUUCUCCAUCUUGAUCCCCCUGGACGUGAUAACCUGGAUCCUGGGCAGGGAGCUACUCGUUCAGGAUGUAAUUAUCGUGGAGGCAGUUAUUCAGGACCUUUUUGAAGUUUACUCUUUAUGGACCAAAAAGUUUUUCUAACACCAUCCUUUCAAAGGACUUUUUUUCAUUAGUGAGGAUUUAUGAAUCAAUAAAUAACAACUUUGUUAGCUAUUCAAGAUCAGCUGUUAUUUGAUCAGUAUUUUAGUGAUCAGCUGUUCAGAGAUCAGUGUUUCAGUGCUUAGCUGUUCAGAGAUCAGCUGUUAAGUGAUCAAAGUCCAAAUUUUAUGUUUUUUAUGCUGCCAAAUCCGGAUUUUGCAGGACAUUGUCAGUGUAAUCUGCUUCAGUUAUUUAAUCAUCCAUAACUUUCUUGAUGAAUUUUCUCUUCUUAGAUCUUUGAAUAUCUACAGAAUAAUGAUAACAAAAGUAAUACAUAAGUCCUUAAAAUGCUUUAAUUAUAUAAUAACAUGUAAUGAAUGUAAUGUAUAUUGACUCUAUUUUUAAAUAUGUCUUAUAAUAUAUAUGUUUAACUAA